AUGGACGUCUCCUCUGAAUUAUUUGACCAUGAAAAGUCUCCUACGAGUGACAAAUUCAGUCAACUAUUGGAAACAAUUAACCAGUGGCGUACUGAUAUCAAUGCCAACAUGUCAGCCAUUAGAGUCGAGUUACAUACUAGUCUUGGUGAAAUUAAAACCGAAAUUAUGACUCUCAGACAAGACUAUAUCUCACUUAAAACUACUGUCAACACCAUGGAUACCGAGUUGAAAUCCUUGAAAUAUUCAGUCCAAGUACAAUCUGAAGAGCAUAGCAGCCUUGCAAGGCGGGUCGAUGAACUAUCAAAAACUGCUGACGAGCAGACCUGCCAAGUGGUUUCACAGUUCGAGCAUAAGAUCGACGCCUUGGAACAACAAGCCAGGCAGUGCAACAUCGAAAUGUGCAACAUACCAGAGCGUCGCAACGAGGACUUGAUGGGCAUCGUCAACGCCAUAGGCGACGCUAUUAAAUCACAGGUCACUCAACGCGAUAUUGUGUCCGUCCACCGUGUCCCACACGCCCAGCAGGGAGGCAGGCAGCCUAAGAAUAUUAUCGUGAAAUUUUUAACACGUUUACAGCGAGAUAAUUUUCUGAGUAACUUCCGCAGGAUUAAGUCGUUGAGUACAGACAAAGUUGGUAUACCCGGAACUCCUUCUACAAUAUUUAUCAACGAGCACCUCACUUUGCAAAGGAAGCAGUUAUUUCGUAAAUGCCGUGAGGCCGCCAGGGAGCAUCACUUCAAGUAUGUGUGGAUUAAAAACGCCACAAUACUUAUGCGGGAGCGAGACGAUAGCCCAGCCCUCGCGGUCCGAGGAGAAGUCGACCUCACUCGGAUUUUAUCAACAAAAAACGUCUAA